AUGGAGGAUGAUCUCACGGAUAGUACUAGUGUCUCCGUAUCCACAUACUUGGUUGAAUACAAAUACAACGAGUACAGUAUCCAGAUAAUACGUUGGAUUCUCAAGGCGAUUAAUGUAUGGCCGCGUCCCACCGAUAUCUCAAUCAUCGAAAAGAUCCGCUCCGAUUUCGCGAUAUUUGUGUGCUACUUCCUGAUAAUCAGCAUCAUGAUACCAACUGGUCUGAGUAUACUCAUCGACUCGCAGCAGUCGAACGACGACAAGCUAUUGAGCGUUGGCCCAUUCACCUUCUGGCUCAUAGCGAUGAUGAAUUAUUCUUGUCUCUUGAUGCACGUGGACGAUAUACACGACUGUGUGGAGCACGUGAAAGCGGACUGGCGAAUUAUCCGGAGAUGCGAGGAUCGGAGAGUGAUGCUGAAGAGCGCCAAGAUAGGUCGAUUCAUCGCCGGUUUCUGCGCCGUGUUCAUGCACAGCGGUGUGUUCUCGUACAAUAUCGUCCAAGGCCUCUCCAAAGUUAUCUUACACGUGGGGAAUAGUACCGUCGCGGUUCGCGCGUUACCCUAUCCCUUCUACAUCAAGAUUCUCAACGCGCACGUCAGUCCGACGUACGAGCUCGUGUUUUUUGUACAGUGCCUCUCGUCCUUCGUCGUCAACUGCGUUACAGUCGCCACAUGCGGCCUGGCAGCAGUUUUGGUAAUGCACGCGUGCGGCCAAAUGAAAAUCAUGAUAUCCUGGCUCGAAAAUUUCAUGGACGACAAAAAUGAGGAAAAAACUUCUAUUUCUAUGAGACAAAGGUUCGCAAUCAUAGUGAAUCAUCAUUUGAGAAUCUUGAGUUUUGUAUCCCGUACAGAGAAAAUUAUGAAUAUAAUAUGUCUUGUGGAAUUAAUUGGAUGUACUAUGCAUAUAUGUCUUUUAGGAUAUUAUUGCAUUAUGGAUUUUAUUCACGACAAUCAUCAAAGUAUUUUGUCGCAUUCAAUGGUAUUAUCUUCGAUUACUUUUAAUAUAUUUAUAUUCUGUUAUAUCGGAGAGAUACUUUCUGAUCAGGGCGAACAGAUCGGUAAAUCUGCCUAUAUGACAAACUGGUAUCUCUUGCCUGGAAAAACCGCCCAGGGGCUCAUUCUGAUAAUUCUAAGAUCCAAUGCUGGCAUCAAGAUAACUGCCGGAAAGAUUGUUCAGCUCUCAUUUUCCACUUUCGGUGAUGUAAUUAAAUCUGCCUUAGCGUAUUUAAAUAUACUUCGGACUGUACUGCUUACGUAA